UAGUCUUCUUUUUCUUUUCUUUUCAACAAACCCAAGACCACCAACUCAAAUCAUCGCUGCCUGCAACAUUUUCAUACUGCACCGGCGAUUCCGAUGAGUGUGUCGAGAACAAGAAUCCGCUUCUAAAACCAUCAUCACGAGGGCUCUCCAGCUCCAUGAUGCGUUGAUGACCUGUAUGACGGGACAAACUGCCACGAUCCUAUAUUGUGUAUGAAAGAUGAGUGUCGCUGCGUUCCAGCGCCAACAGAGUAGAUUAUUCGGUGCGUACGACUCUCCUGUUGUACACCACUGCUUUUUCAUGACGAAUUGUAUGACACAACAUACUCUGGUAAUCCGAUGCGCUCAACCGCGAUAUGUUACGGCCAAAAGGUUGUUCGCUGGUUGAGUUUGAGGCCCAAUGGCACAGUCUGAUGUUAUAAAAUACCCCAAACACAUUUGGAUUUGGUCCUGUUGGUUUGCACAAGUAACAACCUCGCUGACAUUGCCUUUCCGUACUAGAUAGACUUCAUUCUAGCGGAUACGUAGGAGCAUUGGUCAGACCAGGGACUGCAGCGUCAUCAGUCAGCUGUUGUGGUAGAUAGGGCGAUCUACGGAGUAUAACCUGCCUCCACCCGCGACUGUAAUCUGAAUAUCGUGCCCUCUCAAUGAUUUCAAGAGCGCGAAAAAAAAAAAAAUGAACAAAUGCUGCUGUACUCCAUCCUAGUACUCCGUAAAAUGCGGGCAGAAAACAUGCCGACCGCCUUCAUAGACGAUGGGGGGAGCUGCAGAUCACUUGAUGCCCUCCCACAAGCUCUACUCGAAGACGAACUGAUUUGAUAAACCCGCAAUGACACCCGCGGCGAUACAUGCAGUUUCUCAAGAGAAUCUCAGAUCAAGUCCUUAACCGCACCCCUCAGCCCUCCUCGGAGCUCUCUCAGCCUGCCGACAAUCCACUUCCGUCAUCAGAUGCGGCCGCCGCGCCGCCUGUGAGGGAUGACCUUUUUUCCGUCCCUUCAGGCUCAGAUUACGCUCCGUUUGACGGGUUCUCCUCACAAAGUGCACCUCACAGAUAUGCCAACCGUCCCUCAACAAGUUGGAAAUCUCCCUCCGUUCGUCGACUAUUGCGCCAGUCCACCCCUCAUUCCGGUUUAGGAAUGCCUACUUUACCCUGGGAAAAGGAACAAAUGCGUAAACCCAAUGAUUCUACUCGUGAUGAGCUCAGACUAUUUGGUUAUGGCAAUGGAAAACCGGAACCCAAUGCUGUUCCAAUAGUCCCGGGGCAAAUGGCUAGUACCAAGAAACCGAAUAUCCCUUCUGGGUUCAAGCCUGUGGACAAGAUAUCAAAGGGAGUCCGACAAAGCGGACCCGUACGUGCUCAAGGAAAGGAAAGACUAUUUCAUAGUCAGCCUCGCUCAGCAUUAAGCCCUCCCCGUUCGAACCAUAUUGCGGACAUAUCGGAGAGAUCUUCCAAACGUCGCCGUGUCGAAAGCCCGGAGGUACCGCCGAAGAGGAUAAGCAUAUCCGACGAUGAUCCCAUGGACCGUUUAACGACUAGAGGCUCCCCUGUCGGUACUCGCUCCACUGCUCUAUCACCCACGCCAAGUCAGCGGUCGGGCCAAAUGAAAUGGCCGCGGGAUUACAACAAUGGCCAAGCUUCGGAGUAUCGAAACGUUGACAAGACCACAAGAGUCCCCCGAUCUAGCCCCCGGAAGGAAAUCAGAUCUGUCGACCGCUACUCAUCAGAGGAUAAAGACAUUCGUUUUCUUCGUGAAGCGCGCGAUGAGAGACGACGAGAAUCUAGCAUAUCCGGAAUAGACGCCCGUGAAGACCCUCCCAAUUCCUCGCACGAAGGAUCAAAUCUUACAGUCGAAAUCCCAUCUCAACCGCUCGUUCGUGACAGUCAAUGGAUGAAAACACCUCAAGUCCACAUACCGUCAAUUGCGAAGGGAAGGCCGCCUGUAUCAAGGGAAAGUCCCGAUGAACUUCAAGGCGGUGCAACAGUUCAACCAGUACCGUCAUCUUUAGACCGGUCUAAGAGGGACCACACCGGUCUACCUAACCAAAGCUCUCCCUCUGAUAUUCGACCAACAACUUUCGUAUCCAUCGAAAAGCGUGGUCCUAAACCCAAAAAAGGGAAGAGACCAGCAUCUGAGACGUUUAGGCUCAAUUCCUUCCGAACAGGCCCUCACAUACAUGAUGUAUUAGGGGGUGAGAAUGAUCUGCUGGUGUUGGACCCUUCCGGCCGCAAGAUUACCAUAACAGUGGGUGAUGCAGGUAUCAGACGUGACGUAUUUUUUCGGAAAAUAUUGAGGGUCCUAGUGGGAGACAAACAUAGUCGCAAGCUUCGAUUGGAGUUGUCCAAAGAAUCCGGCCAGGAUAAUAAGAUGGACAUUGAACUACUAACGUCAGAUGAGAAGGCGCUUUUCAGCUCCAUGAUUCAGAAGCUCAAUGAGCUGGGAACCCGAAUUGAAGUUCAAGAAAAAAAAGAGGAAUGGCUGGAUAAAGUAUUCAAUAAGGGCAAGCGCGACAGUAGGUUCUGUGACUCACCUGAAGACCCGUAUAAACGCCCGCUUCAGGUAUUCGACGCCACGGAGGAAGCACCUAAACAGCCGUGCGGGCCGCGUAAACGCGCAAGGCUCUCGGAUGCACUCCGGGGCCAUGAUGGAAAUACUGCUGCGGAAAUUUCCGUCAACUCGGGCGGUGGCCCCGCGAAGCGUGCCAGCCCCUCGCCUCCCGCUACCCAAAACAGUCAAACCUUCAAGACCAAAACUGCUAAGGGGGUCGAAAUUUCAGUCAAGAAGUACAAUCCAGUCCCUCAGCCUCUAGGUCGGGCUACGAGAUCCAUGGCGCGCCGAACACCUACCACCCUCAUCUGGUACGUGUUACCUUCAUGGCUGAUGAACUUAGCUAACUGGAGCUGUAGCGAUGACGAUGACAUCGAUGAAGAUCACAAUUUACUGUUGGAUCUUGACGUAGAUGCGAAGUGGACCAGAAAACCUUUGGUGUAUCCUCGUUACGGGAAAAAGAAAGCCGAAGUGAGCGCGUUGGAUCUGGAGAGGCUUGCCCCUCACCAAUUUCUCAACGACAAUAUCAUCGGAUUAUACAUGCGCUUUCUCGAAGAUCACCUUCAGCGGUGCAACGUAGAAGUUGCGAAGAGGGUCUACUUUUUCAACUCGUACUUCUUUGCUACGCUCACAAACUCCCCCAGGGGCAAACGGACCAUCAACUACGAAGGUGUCGAGAAGUGGACUCGCAACGUGGAUCUUUUCAGCUAUGACUAUAUCGUUGUGCCUAUAAAUGAGGACGCCCAUUGGUACGUUGUUAUCAUAUGCAAUCUGCCAUACUUGGAUGGUAUCUCGAAACAAGUGGAACCAUCUACCUCUCGGCCACCGAGUGAAGUGCGUGAGGUACCAGAGACGCCGGAACCUAUCAAGCCCGACGAGGGGCAUGCAACACCGCUUUCGCAGUCCCCCCAAGAAGAAGUCGCCAGGCAGUCAUUGGCCUCGAUGAUUUUAAGCGAAAAGCAAGCGCCUCAAGCAGAGGGUUCGAGGUCAGGAGAAGAAGAUUGGCCAGAGCGCGAAGAGUACCCUGGGCCCUCUUGUGCAUAUUUCUCUGCGUCUUCGAGUCAGCCGCAACCUGACUCCCAGGUAGCCUCCGAGGCAGCAACGUCACCCAAGAAAGGUCGAAAACCGAAGAAGAAGGUUCCCCUUGGCCCAAAGUACGAAGUUUCCCAACCGAUCAUCAUCACCUUCGACUCCCUGGGUGCACCUCGUACUGGUACCAUCAGCACCCUUAAAGAUUACCUUUACGCAGAGGCAAAGUCGAAACGAGGCACUGAAAUCAACAAGACCUUAAUCAAGGGCAUGAAAGCACGAGAGGUUCCGCAACAGCCGAAUUAUUCUGAUUGUGGUUUAUAUCUCUUAGCUUAUAUUGAGAAAUUUGUCCAGGACCCUGAUCAAUUCGUUAAAAAGCUUCUUCGAAAAGAAAUGCGCUCAGAAGACUGGCCUAAAUUACGAUCAAACCUUUUACGGUCUCGAUUGCGCGAAUUCAUGGAGAAGCUCUAUUCCGAGCAAGAAAAGCUCACCAAGGACAGAGCGGACGAAUCCGGAUUGAUGGUAGAUUUGCGACCAAUAUCAUAUUUACUCGAAUCUUCUUCGGGCGAUGAUACCGGAACAGAGACCGAUACCAAGAAGAGCGCGCAGACCGAGCGCUCGAAGCUGGCCAAACCGAAACCAGAGGAAUCACCGCACCGAGCGCCGCUCGGUCAAGAACAUGGCCCUGAACUUGAAAAGGUGGAAAAGCCGAAUCCUAUCGAACUCGAAGCGCAAGGGUCGGUGACUCAGACCGAGCCACAGGACGAUUUACCCAUCAUCACGCCGCAGUCUGAGCCACGAGGGCAACCCCGCGAUCGUGAAAUAAUCGAAGUACCCGACAGUCAAGACCAAGCCAACGUACCGGUGGUGGCAAUCUCACAACGAUUAGAGUCUAGUCCAUCCUCACCAGCACCGAAGUUGCCGAAGCGCGCUGAGUCCGUGUACAUUGACGACAGCGAUGGCGUGGAGACAACGCCCACGAAACGAACAGCCAAACCCGAUAAAAGCAACGGAUUCGAAGUCCAAAUCAAAGUUAAGCCAAUCCAUCACACCAUGCGGUUCAUGAUCUACCAGUCACUCUCACUCGCCGAUAGCCACCACAUCAUCUUCUCCUUCUUGAAUUCCUCAAAGUCCCACUCCUCGUUCUGCAGCCUGUUGCUGUCCCCAAUCCAAACAUACGUCUCCGCAUCAAUCUCCUCCGCUUCAUCAGUAAAAUUCUGCGGAACAGCCUCCAGCACAUCCUUUAGAUACCUAUCCGUGUUCUCUCUGCCGUUUCCAUCCCCAUUCCCGUUCCCAUCCCUAGUUCCGAAGGCACUCCCCGGCAACGCUUCUUUCAGUACCCGCACAGAGACACGGAUCCGUCUAUAUUCCAAUCCCUCAUAGACAUCCAGCCUAUAGAUGUCGCCGUCUGUAAGGCCCGAGACGACUGUUCCCAGGACCGAGGCGGAUGUGUUCGUCGUACUGCUAUGGGUUGUAUCUGUCGUUGCUGUUCCUGGAGUAGCUGUUGUGCUUUCAGAAGAAGCAGAUGGCACGGGGAUGAUUGCUGGAUAGUCCUCACGGCGGACGCGGUGCCGCCUAUACCUGUAUAAAAUGGCGGGCUUGAAAUGCAGCAUGUCUUUCUGCCAUUGCUGGGGAUUCGGCGAGCCGUGGAUUACACGGUGUAGCAUUUCUGGGGCGAGAAGUGUGCCUGAGUUAGCAUGUUAGCACUGUUCUUU